GCAGCCCCCCCCCGCCCCUUGCCAAGGCGAGGCAGGCCUCUCCCUAUCCCCCUCCCCACCCCCUUCCCACCACUUAUCCCGGAGUGCCCCCCCAUACCCCCCAGCACCCCCCCCGUGCUGGGCUGAAGUCCCGGAAGAGCAGGCAGGGGUGCCCUUGAUCCCCUCCACCUCAUCACUUCCCCUUCCCCCCCCCCAUCGAAGGGGCUGGGGGCGCCUCAGGAGUGAGACGAGGGGGGAUUUCUCGAGCCCCCCUCCUUCCUCCAGCGAGGAAGAGCUGGGUGCAGGGGCAUUGCCAAGCCUGCAAAGGGGGCAAAGAGGGGGGGCUCCCCUCAGGCCAAGCCCCCCCAGAGAGGGGCUGCCCUCCCUUCCCCUUCCCCCCCAGCCAUGGAGAUGCAGAAGGGGAAGGGGGGAACAGCAGGAGGAGGAGGAGGGAAGUUGCUGGUCUCCACUCUUCUGGAUGCCAAGGAUGAGUUGGAGGAGAGACUAGAAAGAUGCGUAGGCAUCGUGACUUCACUGACCAACGGGCUGUCAGAAAGAGAAGCUAAUGAUGCCCUGAACGCUCAUAUAUGUAAAGGAACUCCCCAACAUGAGGAAAUUUGCCUGGGUCUUUUCACCCUGGUCUUGACUGAACCUGCCCAGGCACAGAAGUGCUACCGGGACUUGGCACUGGUGAGCCGAGACGGCAUGAACAUUGUUCUCAACAAGAUCAAUCAGAUUCUCAUGGAGAAAUACUUGAAGCUGCAGGACACCUGUCGGACCCAGCUGGUGUGGUUGCUGCGGGAGCUGGUGAAGAGCGGGGUGCUUGGAGCGGAUGGUGUCUGCAUGACAUUCAUGAAGCAGAUUGCAGGUGGGGAUGUGACAGCAAAGAAUAUCUGGUUGGCUGAGAAUGUCCUUGAGAUACUGACUGAGCAAAGAGAAUGGGUACUGAAAAGCAGUAUCCUAAUAGCCAUGACUGUGUACACGUAUCUGCGGCUCAUUGUGGACCAUCAUGGCACAUCUCAGCUCCAAGUGCUUCGUCAAAAGGAGGUGGAUUUCUGCAUCUCCCUUCUCCGAGAACGGUUCAUGGACUGCUUCAUGAUUGGCCGGGACCUGGUGAGGCUCCUGCAAAACGUUGCCAGGAUACCUGAGUUCGAGCAGCUCUGGAAGGACAUCAUCCACAACCCACAGGUCCUCAGCACGCAGUUCACAGGUGUCCUGCAGCUCCUUCAGUCAAGGACUUCUCGCAAAUUCCUGGCCUGUCGCCUCACUCCUGACAUGGAAACCAAGCUCCUCUUCAUGACCUCACGGGUCCGAUUUGGCCAGCAGAAGCGGUACCAGGACUGGUUUCAGCGACAGUACCUGUCCACUCCCGACAGCCAGUCCUUGCGCUGUGACCUCAUACGCUACAUCUGUGGUGUGGUACACCCCUCCAACGAGGUGCUCAGCUCUGACAUCCUCCCGCGCUGGGCCAUCAUUGGGUGGCUGCUCACCACCUGCACGUCCAACGUUGCUGCUUCAAAUGCCAAACUUGCUCUAUUCUAUGAUUGGCUCUUCUUCAACCCUGAGAAGGACAGCAUCAUGAAUAUAGAGCCUGCCAUUCUUGUGAUGCAUCACUCCAUGAAGCCUCACCCUGCCAUCACCGCCACAUUGCUGGAUUUCAUGUGCCGGAUUAUUCCCAAUUUCUACCCUCCACUGGAAGCUCAUGUCCGGCAAGGAGUGUUCAAUUCUCUCACCCACAUUGUGGAGAAGCGAGUCCUUGCACAUCUGGCCCCUCUCUUCGACAACCCCAAGUUGGACAAAGAGCUCCGUGCCAUGCUGAGGGAGAAAUUCCCGGAGUUCUGCAGUUCACCCUCACCCCCCAUCGAAGUCAAAAUUGAGGAGCCUGUUUCCAUGGAAAUGGACAAUCACAUGUCUGACAAGGAUGACAGUUGCUAUGACAAUGCAGAGGCCGCAUUUAGUGAUGAUGAAGAGGACUUGAACAGCAAAGGGAAGAAGAGGGAGUUCAGGUUUCAUCCGAUCAAAGAAACCAUUGUGGAGGAGCCUGUUGAUAUCACACCGUUCCUGGACCAACUGGAUGAGUCACUGAAGGACAAAGUCCUGCAGCUGCAGAAGGGAAGCGAUACGGAAGCUCAGUGUGAGGUCAUGCAGGAAAUCGUGGAUCAAGUCCUGGAGGAGGACUUUGACUCAGAGCAGUUAUCAGUGCUCGCAUCCUGCCUCCAAGAGCUAUUUAAGGCUCACUUCCGUGGUGAGGUUUUGCCAGAAGAAAUCACAGAGGAGUCUCUGGAGGAGUCAGUGGGGAAGCCACUCUACCUAAUAUUUAGGAAUCUCUGCCAGAUGCAGGAAGAUAACAGUGGUUUCUCACUGCUGCUGGAUCUCCUAUCAGAACUCUAUCAGAAGCAACCCAAGAUUGGCUACCACCUUCUAUACUACUUGAAAGCCAGCAAAGCUGCAGCAGGGAAGAUGAACCUGUAUGAGUCCUUUGCCCAGGCCACGCAGCUGGGGGACCUGCACACGUGCCUGAUGAUGGACAUGAAGGCCUGCCAGGAAGAUGAUGUACGACUGCUUUGCUACCUCACUCCUUCCAUUUACACAGAGUUCCCAGAUGAGACCCUACGAAGUGGAGAGCUGCUGAACAUGAUUGUAGCUGUCAUAGACUCAGCCCAGUUGCAGGAGCUGGUGUGCCACGUGAUGAUGGGCAACCUGGUGAUGUUCCGAAAAGACUCAGUGCUCAACAUCCUGAUUCAAAGCCUGGAUUGGGAGACCUUUGAGCAGUACUGCACCUGGCAGCUCUUCCUUGCUCACAGCAUUCCUCUGGAGACCAUAAUCCCCAUCCUGCAACACCUCAAAUACAAAGAACAUCCGGAGGCAUUAUCCUGCCUGCUGCUACAGCUGAGGCGAGAGAAGCCCAGCGAGGAAAUGGUGAAGAUGGUGCUGAGCCGGCCCUGCCAUCCCGAUGACCAGUUCACCACGAGUAUCCUGCGGCACUGGUGCAUCAAACACGAUGACCUCCUGGCUGAGCACAUCAAAUCGCUGCUGAUCAAGAACAACAGCCUACCGCGAAAACGCCAAAGCCUGCGCAGCUCCAGCAGCAAACUGGCCCAGCUGACCCUGGAGCAGAUCCUGGAGCACCUGGACAACCUCCGCCUCAACCUGACCAACACCAAACAGAACUUUUUCAGCCAAACCCCGAUCCUACAGGCCCUGCAGCACGUCCAGGCCAGCUGUGACGAAGCCCACAAGAUGAAGUUCAGUGACCUCUUCUCCCUGGCAGAGGAGUAUGAAGACUCCUCCACCAAACCCCCAAAGAGCCGCCGAAAAGCCACGCUGUCAAGCCCCCGGAGCCGGAAGAACGCAGCGCAGCCUGCCAACAACGAGGAGGAGUCGGCCUCCAGCAGCGCCUCGGAGGAAGAAGACACCAAGCCCAAACCCACCAAACGGAAAAGGAAAGGCUCCUCGGCCGUGGGCUCGGACAGUGACUGAGGGCAGAGUCCUGCCGCCGGGCGCUGCCCGGGCCCUGCGCUGAGCUGCAGCAGCUCUCAGCAUCCUGGCGCAGCCGCAGCAGCAGCUCUGCAACUGGACAGAAGCCAUUGCCAGGAAGGACCUGAGAGCACGCGUCCCCUCUCCGUCUCUGCAUCUGCGCCCCAUCGUACGCCUCCGUGCCCCCAGGACGCAGGGCACCCCACUUCCCGCAGCGGGCGCUGCCCUUCCACAUCCCCCCCUUCCCACUUUGACUUUUUAGCUCCUUUUUCUUGGCAGCUGGGGGUUGGAGCGUGCACCCCUCCAGACCACAGGACUGGCUCCAACCCAUGCCGGCUCCAGGGGCAGCAUGGACAGAUGUCCCCAGGUGGGGACGCAGCAGCUGCCAGGGCCCAGGGUGCUGGCAGGGGACUCGGGGCGGGAAGCCCCUGGCUGUAUAUCACAUGCCUCCUAUUUUCAUAUAAGAAAUGUAAAUAAACAGUGCGAACCAGCUUGCUGCCCUGGGAUGCUUCUGGUGGGGGGGGGGGCAAGGCACCAGCUCGCUGCUCACAGGUGCCCUAGGGCUGCAGCACCCAUGGGCUGGAGGAGGCCGGUGCGGCCCCCUGCUCGGAGCAGAGAGCCGGGGACGGGGCUGUGUCUUGGCCAGUCCUGCUCCGGCACUGGGCUCGGCCCCUCCGCUGGGGUGGCAGCGGGUUCGGCGACUCCGGCAGCGCCGGCUCUGCCUGCUCCAGAGCUCCUCGUGUGCACGAGGAGGCGGAGAUGCUUUUAAUUUUUACCCCCAGAGAUACUAGCGUUUCUAAGCGUUUUUAAAAAAUAAAAACUCUCAAACGUUUUGUACAAA